AUGGUAUCCGACGACGCACGCCAGCACAACAACCAGGAGUUCCAGCUCUCCAACCUGUUCAAUGUCGAGGACAAGGUCGCCCUCAUCACUGGCGGUGGUUCAGGCAUUGGCCUUAUGGCCGUGCAGGCUUUGGCUGUGAACGGUGCCAAGGUUUACAUCUGUGGCCGUACACAAGAGAAGCUCGACACUGUUGCGAAGACCUUCAGCCAGGACAUCUCCGGCCAGAUCAUCCCUAUCGUUGCCGACGUCUCGAAGAAGGCCGACGUAGCGACUCUCUACCAGGAGAUCUCGCAGAAGGAGAAGCACCUUGACAUCCUCAUCAACAACGCCGGCAUCUCCACAUCGACCUUCAACACCGAAGCUGGCAACGCCGAGGAGCUCAAGAAGGCUCUAUUCGACAACGAAGAUGCGACUUACGAGGACUGGGAUGCUGUAUACCGCACCAACGUCUCUCAGAUCUACUUCAUGACCACCUGCUUCCUACCACUACUUCAGAAGGCUUCCGAGAGCACCAAGGGCUGGUCAGCAUCUGUGAUCAACAUCAGCUCUAUCUCUGGCCAAGUCAAGACCUCCCAGCACCACCCACAAUACAACGCUUCGAAGUGUGCUGCCAUCCAUCUCACACGCAUGCUUGCCAACGAGAUCCAAACCAACGGCCUCACAAUCCGUGUCAACGACAUCGCCCCAGGAGUCUUCCCAUCAGAGAUGACCGCAGGCGAGAGCGGCGAGAAUCAGAAGUCGCACAUCCCUAAGGAGCAGCACGAAGGCAAGACACCUGCUGCUCGCCCUGGCCACGACCGUGACAUGGCUCAGUCGGUCCUGUUCGUUGCUGCUAACCAGUUCCUGAACGGCCAGAGCAUCACUGUCGAUGGAGGCUACACUUUGAUGGCUGGCCGCUAA